AUGGUACGACGCCGUCUAGUCUCGGGUCUCCCAACAUCGCUUGCCCCGCUCCCACGCUCACCUGCGCCGCCGUGCACUCCUUCCGUCAAAGGUCGGCAGCGCCCUGCCCCGCAUUUGGACGUCUGGGGCCCCUCUCCGGUCCUUGGCCCACAUCAGGAGCGCUACUUUCUGAUUGUGGUGGAUGAAUACUCUCACUACACCACGGUCUUCCCCUUGCGACGGAAGGCCGACGUGCCUACCGUCCUUGAGCCGUGUCUACUAGCGAGGGAUGGCUCCCAGGGCUUGUAUGGGCUCUGCCUACACUCGGACCGUGGUGGUAAGUUUUCUUCCACUCGCCUGGAGAGGUUCUAUGAGGGUCGGAGGAUCAUCCAUCGUCCCGGUAGCCCCCCUCCUCCCCCCCUUUGCGUCCUACCCCGUCAGGACACGGCAGCCUCGAGUCAGCGGCCUCGCCCCGCAUCACCCCCUAGCUUCCCAUCCGUCCCGGAGUUCCCUCCUCGUUCUUCUCUGCGACCGGUUGCUGCGGAGCCUGGGGGUGUUCCUGCGGGAGGCACUGGAGGCCCCGAAGGUGUCGGUGGUGGAGGUGCUGGUCCUGGGGGUGCUGGAGCUAGAGGCACUGGCACUCUGGUGCCUACAACGUGCACUGUACGCUUCCUGACCAAUGAGCAGCGUGUCCUCCGGUUGGAGAGAGAGGAGCGUGAAUGGUUUGAGAGGGCACAACAGCAACAGCAACAGGAGCAGUCUCAGUCGUAG